AUGCCCGAAGUCGAAGGUGGCGCGGUGCCAACCCAAAGCAAAGGAUCGUGGUCUUCUUUCCUUAAGUCGAUUGCCUCUUUCAAUGGCGACUUGUCCUCGCUAACCGCACCGGCCUUCAUCCUCUCCACUCAAUCAUUAGUCGAGUUCUCUGCGUACUGGGCUGAAAACACGUCGCUAUUCAUUGCGCCGACCCAAGAGAAGGACCCUGCCAGACGCGCUCUGCUGGUAUUGAAGUGGUUGCUCAACACUCUGAAACAACAGUACAGCUCUCGCUCUGAAAAACUUGGGUCGGAGAAGAAGCCACUCAACCCAUUCCUAGGCGAGUUAUUCUUGGGAAAAUGGAACGACGAAUUCGGCGAGACAACGUUGGUCUCGGAGCAAGUCAGCCACCAUCCUCCAGUCACGGCCUACUGCAUCACCAACGAGAAACACCGCAUACGGCUCCAGGGUUAUAACGGCCAGAAAGCCAGUUUUAGUAGAACUAUCCAAGUUAAACAGAUUGGACACGCUCUUUUGACCCUACACCCUCCGGGCAGCGACCAUGCAGAGGCAUACCUCAUCACUCUGCCUGCUCUGCACAUCGAGAAUCUCAUCUACGGAGCACCCUUUGUCGAGUUGAGCAAAUUCAUACACAUCGUCUCGAGCACUGGAUACGUUGCCAAGAUCGAUUUUACUGGCAGAGGCUGGUUGUCAGGGAAGAAGAACAGUUUCACCGCGUCGUUGUGGAGGGAAGGUGAGGGUUCGGAGAAAACCCCUCUGUACACGGCGGACGGACAAUGGUCAGAUUCAUUCACCAUCAGAGAGGGCGACAGCAAGAAGGGCAGAGAGAUCGAAACCUUCAAACCAUCAGACAUUAAGCUGUCCAAGCUGAACGUUGCGCCCGUCGAGGAGCAGGAUGUUUUUGAGAGUCGGAAAGCGUGGGCACGAGUUGCCCAGAGCAUUGAGAAGGGCGAAAUGGAGGCCGCGUCACAUUUCAAGUCCCGAAUCGAGAAUGCUCAACGGGCGUUACGCAAGAAGGAGCAAGAAGAGAAGCGAGACUGGGAACGGGUGUUCUUCGUUCAAGCAGAUCCCGAGGAUAGAUUGGAAAAGACGUUCAAAGAUCUGGUAAAGAUGGUGACCAACUUUGGGGUCAACAGUUGGGAAGGCGUGGCGCCGGACAAAACAGCUGGGAUAUGGAGGUAUAGCGAGGAGAAAGCUGCCCAGGCAAAGAAGCCCUUCCACAAGGAGGGACUGUUGGCUUUGGGGGAGAAUGCUGAUGGAACCUCUGCACCUGUGAGCAGGGUACCGACAAACCAAAGCACAAACCCGGCGACCUGA